CGACGGGAAAGCAGCCUUGCCAAUUCCACCUCUUCUUUCAUUAAAGGAUUGUCAAGAUGUCGAACAUUUCUAGAUCUCUCAAUGUCCUUCUCAGGACCAGCAGAAUCUCUCUGCAAAGACCGAGAGCCGUCAAUCCUGUCCAACAUGUCUUCGCUCGAGACAGACUGGUUGCUCGGGGCAUGGCGACCGCCUUCGAGAGAACCAAGCCCCACGUCAAUGUUGGCACCAUUGGUCACGUCGAUCACGGAAAGACAACCUUGACCGCAGCCAUCACCAAGCGUCAAGCAGAGAAGGGCAUGGCCAGCUUCUUGGAAUAUGGUGCAAUUGACAGGGCUCCUGAGGAGAGAAAGCGUGGUAUCACUAUCUCUUCUUCGCACAUCGAAUACCAGACAGACAACCGACACUAUGCCCACGUCGACUGCCCUGGACACGCCGAUUACAUUAAAAACAUGAUUACUGGUGCAGCCAACAUGGAUGGCGCAGUUGUCGUCGUUGCUGCUUCAGACGGUCAAAUGCCUCAAACUCGAGAGCAUUUACUUCUCGCCCGUCAGAUCGGUAUCCAAAAAAUCGUCGUCUUCGUGAACAAGGUUGAUGCCAUCGAGGACAAGGAGAUGUUGGAGCUUGUUGAAUUGGAGAUGCGUGAACUCCUAACCAGCUACGGUUUUGAGGGUGAAGAAACUCCCAUCAUUUUUGGCUCUGCUCUCUGUGCCCUCGAAGGAAGACAACCCGAGAUCGGUGUUACCAAGAUUGAUGAGCUCUUGCAGGCCGUCGACACCUGGAUUCCCACUCCUCAGCGUGAGACUGACAAGCCCUUCUUGAUGUCCAUUGAGGAAGUGUUCUCUAUUUCCGGACGAGGAACCGUUGUCUCCGGCCGUGUGGAGCGUGGUAUCCUCAAGAAGGACUCCGAAGUUGAAAUUGUCGGCGGUUCGCCCGAGCCAAUCAAAACCAAGGUUACCGAUAUCGAAACCUUUAAGAAGUCUUGCGACGAGUCUCGCGCUGGUGAUAACUCCGGCUUGCUCCUACGAGGCGUUAAGCGUGAAGAUAUUAGCCGUGGCAUGGUCGUCGCUGUCCCAGGCAGUGUCAAGGCCCAUACUGAAUUCUUAGUUUCGCUUUACGUCCUUACCGAAGCUGAGGGUGGGCGCAAAUCUGGAUUCAGCAGCAAGUACCGCCCACAGAUGUUCAUUCGCACUGCCGACGAAGCCGCUCAGCUCAGCUGGCCCGGAGAAGAUCAAGACAAGAUGGCUAUGCCAGGAGACAAUAUCGAAAUGAUUUGCACCACCUUGCACCCAGUUGCCGCCGAGGCUGGCCAGCGAUUCAACAUUCGUGAAGGUGGAAGGACCGUCGCUACUGGCCUUGUCACCCGUGUCAUUAAAUAAACAAUUUGAACUACGCUCUCUCGCCAUUACUACCAUUUCAUGUACCACUUUUAUAAGCACGCAUGCUAAAACAGGUGAAUUCUGGGGUACCAAUAAACGGAGUCUGUGUCUUGACUGUACAUCAUGUUAAUUUUCGUGUGGGUUCAUUUGCUACUUUGGUCUUUUUUACACGGGAAGGAAUCUACAUGUAACAAUAUGAUAUAGCUUCUCUCGACUCUUCUUGACUUGUUAUUUUCACACGAAUUGAAUGAUCUUAAUUCCAGAGCUUCUA